GCACUUUUUACACAAACCAACGGCAAUGAAACCUCCUUUAUGAUUUCCGUUCAUCGUCAACUUGCUGUUGUUCUCACGCUCUCUUAUCGUCGACCACUCUAACCACACCAUGAUCACAUCUCCCCCUAAGUUCUCAUCAUCUCUCUUGACAUUUUUACCCAAGGUCUGUCUUCCUCGCUUGAGCAACUCCGGACCUCAACUGUUCUCGGCUAGCACAACGGUUGAAGGAGAACCAAGACAAUCAGCGCCUCAAGUUCCACACCCCACUUCUCACAAUUCAACCUCCAUUGCCAAUCAAGACGUGGUGACAACUCAGCUUGCUGCCAUGCAGCAGCAGUUUGGUGUUUUUCAGUUGGUACUGGCUCAGCUUCUAGCUAGAAGUAAUCCUGGCAAUCCCCUCAUUAAUUUACUGAACCCUGCUCAACAACCCCCAGCCCCACAACCGAAUCCUCAACCAGUUCAACCCGCUCCCACUGUUAGUGAAUCCCAAGCUCAAUCCCACAUAGCACCUGCUCAGCAACCCAUCCCAGAUGAUGUCACCCGACGCCUCGAUAGCUUGGAAAAGCUAGUAGCUGAACACCGAGGUGCUCCACCCCCACACCAUGCUGCUGAUUCUAUACCUCACCCCCUAAAUACCAACAUCACACUGGAACCCUAUCCUACUGGCUUCAAAAUACCACAGUUGGAGACUUAUGAGGGGACGAAAGAUCCCGAUGACCACCUGCACGCUUUUUACUCUUGUAUGCAAGCUCAGAACGCCUCUGACGCGUUAAUGUGCAAGAUCUUCCCCUCUACUCUGCGAGGUAAUGCUCGAACGUGGUAUUAUAGUUUACCUCCGAGGUCAAUUAGUUCUUACACAGAGAUGGCAUCUGCCUUUGCCACUAGGUUUUCCAGUAGAAGGUUGAUUAGGAAAACUACUACCGAAUUGAUGCGAGUUAAACAGAGGGAUGGAGAGUCCUUAAAGAACUACAUGAGCAGGUUCAAUGAUGCGGUGUUGGAGGUUAAUUCCUUUGACCAAGCUGUGGGCAUUGCAGCUGUCAUCUCUGGUCUCAAACAUGACAGGUUCCGAGACAGUUUGAUCAAACAUGUUGCCACCACCUUUAGUGAGGUAAACGACAGAUCUCUGAAAUUUAUAACUGCUGAGGAAUACGCCCUGGCGCAAAACCCACCUUCCUCUAAGAACUAGAACCCAGAAUGGCGAGAUGACAAUCCGA